UCCAUCAUCAUCAUCAUUCAUUUCUUUUCAUCUUCAUUGUCUUUCAUGGUGAAUAGUUGAUUUUGGCUUUGAAUCAUCAUCAACUGUUUGGAACUGGAAUCAACAAUUCAAGGUAUUUCAAUUUAAGCUCCAUGUUCAACCCUUCAAUGUCAUGAUAUAAUUAUAAGAGGAAGAAGUGAAAAAAAGUUAUAAUUAACUGAGUUUAUUGAGUUGAAAGAUGAUGAUGAAAAUGAAGAUGAGGAAAUACUUAGAACUCUUGAUGAUUAUAAUCCACUUGAUGUAAGAUCAAUGACUUUACAAUGGUGUGUUUCCGUUUUCCGGUUACUCAAGACAAAAAAAAACACCAAUUCUAUUCAAAACUAAUCAACCAAUUUGUUGGUCAAUGGUUAAGUAACCAAAUAGGUGUUACCUUUGAUCCUUAGGUUAUUUAUAAAUCAAGUUGGUAAUCACCUUUGGUAAACUUUGACCAACCUUUAUUGUUACCUAAUUACCAGUUAGUUAACAACAAUCAGUGAGUAAAUAAUAACCACAUCACAAAUUGAGAGGUGGUUUUAUCCUAGGGUAGUGGGCAAUGGUGAUUAUCUUGAAGAUAGGACUUGCAAUUUGUUCAAUCAUUGUAAUUACAUCAACAAUGGUGAUGAUUAUGCAAAGUAAUUUAGUAAACAACAACAACAAUUUAAAUACCAUUAGUUAAUUAACGUGUAAUGGUUAUGAAAAGAAAAACAAUCACUGGAAAAGAAAGUGACCCAUUUAAGUUGUCGAAUCAAGAAUCUCGAUUGUCGAAAGUUGUUUAUGAUGUUCGAGAGGAAAAAGAAAUUAACAAAUGUUCGUCCCAAAAUCAACAACUAUCGACAAAAAUGACGGAAAGCAAAUCGAAGAUCGUAAAGAACAAGUUAGAGAUCUUAUGUUUUUCCUCGAAACUCAAAAUAAACUGAAAGAUAUUAAGGAAGUUUCUCAAGAGAAAAUCGAAGAAAGUUCAAUUGUGUUCGAUGAAGCGAUUAUCUAAAGCACGUCGAGCACAAAAAAGAUGAUCUUGAUUCAUUCACAUAAUAUAUUGAUUCUCAUCGAUGCUAUUAAAGUUUCAGUUUUAUUUGAACCUCCAAAAAAUGUAUUGAUCGAGAAAAUUAAAUUAUCAUGGAAAAUCCCAUAGAGAAUUUCAAUUUUCACAAAUUCUAAAAAUCAUCAAUCUCAAUUUCCUUUUCCUUUUUGAUGAUGUGAGAAAAAUCCUAAAGAUGAUUAAAAAAAGACGAACAGGAGCAGGGGGAAAGUUCGUCACCUUUUCGAACGAAGUUCAUAACCUGUGACCUAGACCGACAUUUCCAGCAAUUCAUAAGGAGGUUCAACACAAAGUUUAAAAUCCAAAGUAUUUAAUCCAAACUGAAACUCACAAUCCAAGUUCAAUCAUCAAAGAUAAACAAACAAACGGUUGGCCCUCUCAUCCCCAGAUUUUGGCAACUCUUUCGCUCCCUUUCAAGAUGAAAACCAAAACAAACAAACCGAACAUCUGAUGAGAGGUCACAUGACCCUCGUCACAACGAGGCUGCGUGAACAUCACCAGUGAACAUCACCAUUGGUGGAAACCCUUUUAGCUCGAGAGUUGUUGUUAAAUCUGUUAAUUGUGAUUCUAAUUGUGAUCUUUUAUUAUUAUUAUUAUAUUUUAUUAAUUGUUUCUCUUUUUGAUUCUCACUUUCAUCCAAUAUUAUCAAAUUCCUUCGCUUUUCCUUCUCUAUUUUUAUUCUCUCAACAAAUAAAUUGUGAUAAUAAAUUCAAAAUGAGCUUGACGGCUCUUCAUUCCGCUUCUCAACUACGCCCUUCUCCUGAACAUACCAAAAUGUCACCUGAAGACGAUUCAUCUUCUUCUCCUGAAUAUUGUCAUUUUUUCGAAGGAACUGAAAAGCUUCUUGAAAUUUGGUUUGAUUGUACUGAUUUACGUCAAUCUGUUGAUUCCAAAGAUCUUCGUUUAAUACCUCGAACAGCUUUGGUCCUUUUGGCUCUUGUUAAAUGUGAAAUAAUCAGUUUCAAGAAGAACGAGCUAAUUGAUGCUUAUGUAUUGUCAGAAAGCUCAAUGUUUAUCUCACGAAAUCGAUUCAUAUUGAAAACCUGUGGAACUACAACCCUAUUUAAUUGUAUUGAACCUUUACUUUAUUUGGUAAAAGAGUUUACUGGAUUCGAUAAGGUAUUGGAUAUCUUUUAUUCUCGUAAAAAUUUUCUUCGACCUGAAUUACAGCCCAAGCCUCACAGUUCUUUCGACAAUGAAGUUGAAUAUUUGGAUAACUAUUUUGAAGAUGGUGCUUCUUACUGUAUGGGUCGUGUUAAUCGAGAUUGUUGGUUCCUGUUCACUUUAAAUCCAAUGGAACCUGUUAAGAUGAUUGAAGGACCUGAUCAAACCCUGGAAAUUAUGAUGCAAAAUUUAGAUCCGAAGGUCAUGAAAUUGUUCACCAGAGAGGUUUGCACAACCGCUAAAGAAGCAACUUCUCGAUCUGGUAUUGACAAGAUUCUUCCCGGAAUGAUAAUUGAUGAUUACCUAUUCGAACCUUGUGGCUAUUCCAUGAAUGGACUCAUCAAAGGUGGUUACUAUAUGACUAUUCAUAUUACACCGGAACCUCAUUUUUCAUACGUUAGCUUUGAAACUAACUACCCUCAGGCUAACUACCAUGAUUUGCUUUCUCGAUUACUUAAAAUCUUCAAUCCUGGAAAAUUUACUUUAACUCUAUUUGCUAAUGAGAGCUCAAUUGCUGGUGAAUGUGUUCAAGAUUAUCGAUCGUUAACUUUCAACGGAUUCAUGAGUAAAGAACUUCAAUUCUGCCAUUUCAAGAACUACGAUCUAACUUAUGGGCUAUUCGCUAAAGCGCCAAGCUGAGAAUUAGUUCUUAGGGUUUUUGGAAAUAUUUCGGACUGGGGGUAGGUUUUCCUCUUACACUUUAGCACCAUUAGACAAUUUAGUUUUCAAUUUACUCUUAAAAUUAAUUAAUUAAUCAACCAAUUUGCCUCAUAAAGCAGCACAUCUAUACACAAAAACGAGUCCAAAACUUUCCAUGAAAAACCCUUUGAAAUCUCCAUAUAUAUUUACUGACCAUUUAACUGUCAGUCUUUUCACAAUUAUCAUCUAUUAAAUAAUUGUAAAAUUAAACAAAUAAUAAUAACAUAAAAAAAUUCCAAUAUUA